GUCUGUAACCUGAGCGUAUAGUUACCAAUUGAAAGGCAAGGACACUGUUUACUACUGACUAGCAUUAAUGACAGAGGGAUACCAGCAGGCAUGAUGGAGGGAACGGUUGUUUUGAUAUUUUCAUUGGAUUCUAUUCUCACAUUCAGACAAAUAUCUCAAGAAUUCAGAUUUCACACAAAAGCAUGAGACGAUGUCCAACUCCACGAACAACUCCACGAACGCAGGUGACGAGUGUGCAUCUGGAGACAGGUUAUGUGAGGUUCGAGUUUACCAGGUGGAGCUCAUAGUGGUGCCAACCCUGCUCCUGGGCAUGUUCCUCAUCGUGUUCCUGGGCCUGCUCAUUUUACGCUGCUGCUCAAAGAAACCCACUCCAAGCUCACCAACGACGGUUCACUACAACCAUCAUACGGCUUCACACAGAGACAGAGAUGGUCAUCAUCAACAACGGGUUCAGUCACUCAGGCCAAGUCAGGGCCACCGACAACACACGUCAACCCACAGACGGGACCGACAGCACUUGCAAGGGAUUGAUGCUCCUCCUGAGUUAAACCCGUUGGAGCAUGAGGUCCUCCCUCUGAGGCACAGCACCCCUGCUGCGGCCCCCGCAGUACCACGUCCACCCACUGAGUGGCAGCACGGCACCUUCCAGGUGGUGCGGCCACUGCCCCUGUCCUUCUCCGUGAAGGUGGACGAUGUCAUCACCCUCUACCGCGCCAGACUGGACCGCAGAGACGUCAUCCUCAGAGUGCUCAAAGAAACGGCAAAUGCAAGUGAUCUCCAGGCUUUCCAGGGCUUCGCCAACUUCCUGUCUGAGUUGGGGCCACACCCCUUCCUGCCCAGCCUAAUGGGUGUGGUUUUCAGCCGCACGCCCCUCAUCACUGCGAUCGAGGAGCUUGAGAACAGAGACCUGCUGGGCUUCCUCUGGAGGUGUCGACAGGAUCACCCCACAGAAGGGUCAGCAUGUGACAUCACAGAGAGACACAUAUUUACCAUGAGCGGACAUAUAGCAUCUGCCUUGGAAUACUUGCACAGCAAAAACUGUAUCCAUGGCAACAUCGGAGCCAGGAGUGUGCUGGUUGGCCGGGACCUCACAGCCAAGCUAUGGGGGUUGGGUCCCGCCUACCGGAGGAUGUCCCAGCCCACUACUCCCGGCUCAUUGGAGAACAUGGAAUUAAAGAAGUGGCAGGCUCCAGAGGCAUUGGCUCGCCGGCCUGUCAGUCAAAGCAGCGACAUCUGGUCCUUCGGCAUUCUUUUAUACGAAAUGAUCACCCUGGGUGACCCACCUUUUCCAAGGGUCCUGGGAAGUGAGCUCCUUCAGCAUCUUCAGAGAGGCAACACUCUCAGACGAACGGCACACUGUUCCAAUUCACUCCACUCCAUCAUAAAGGCCUGCUGCCAGUGGAGCCCACAAAGCCGCACCUCAUUGGCCGAAGUCAAAAGAAAGCUCCAAUCAGGAGAGAGGAGCGCAAAUGCCACCACAGUGCUCCGUGUACCUGAGCCACUGGACAUUGAGAAGUACAUGAGGGAGGCGGGCUAUGGAGAAUCUUACAACUAUGCGGUCCUCUGAUAGACUGGCUGUCAUGUCAGUCCCAUUUAUGAACAGUCAAGAUUUGCUCUUGCAAUUUUUUUGCAGGCUGAAGAAAAUCUUCCAUCACACCAGGCCCUUUAUCUCUAUGAUAUUGUAUUGUUUAUGCAAUAUAUGUAAACAGUUGGACUGUUUUUGUGCAAUAUUUUAUGUG